CGGAAACGCGGGCACUGGAGUUUGCGUGAGCAUGCCGGAAUGCCCGGCAAGGCGAGGAAACAGACGUCUGCUAGCUUUCCAACCGGCAAGCGGCGUGCUCGCGCAUGCGCAGUAGCUUUCUUGCAAAGUGUCCAUUGUGCAGCAUUUUUUUUUCUUUUAAGAACGCACACUCCCAAAUUUACAGCCAAAUAAACGUAAGCAGGUGGUCUACGUGAACGGGGAACCCAAGUAUGCUGCGCACUCCUGUCGGAAACUAAGCAUGUGUAACAUAAACAGCACGCCAAGAUCACAUUGCGAACAGAUGAAAGACAGUAUAAAUAACACAGCGCACAAGCCCGGCGGCUACUUGUACAGGUUGGUGCGACAUGCUCAAGAUGAAACAACGAAAAAAAAGAACGAAAAAGAAAACUUGCUAAGUACCAAUACCUACUCACAGGGCAGCGUCGACCAGCCCCGUAUAUUUCUUUUGUCUAUGUUUUUAUACUCCGUUUGACCUCGAGCGUGUCUAGUACGCGUCUGCAGUCAGAGAUGCAGUUGUGCCAAACGUAUAUUACUGAUCGUGGCGGCCUCUCAAUCGCGCCUUGGAAACCUCGCGCAUGCAGCUACGGCCUCCUAGGCGCCAGCGGCUGCGGCAAGACGAGCCUGCUGAAGUGCCUGGUCGGCCUGUGCAAGCCGAACUCUGGCAUGGUGCUGGUGUUCGGCAAGCAGCUGCACCGAGGACUCGUGCCUGGACCGGCCGUGGGGUUUAUGCCGCAGGUGCCUGAUGAGUUCACGAAAGAAGCCGAGCUCGCUCUGCACGAGGACUUCACCAUCGCGGAGAACAUGUACUUCUUUGGCCAGCUGCUGGGAAUGCCGUGGGAACUCAUCUACACCAGGAUCAACUUUCUCUGCUCUUUCUUCCAGCUGCUGCCCGCCAACCGAUUCGUCGAGAACCUCAGCGGCGGCCAAAAGCGGCGCGUGUCCCUGGCCGUGGCGCUGAUCCACUCGCCGCCCUUCCUGAUCCUGGACGAACCCACGGUGGGACUGGACCCGGUGCUGCGAGACGCUAUCUGGCGCUACUUUGUGGUGCUGUCGCGCGAGCAGGCCACCACCAUCGUGGUCACCACGCACUUCAUCGAGGAGAUCGCCGACGCCGCUCUCGUGGGAAUCAUGCGCAACGCCAAGAUCUGGUGCGAGAAGCCGCCUGAGGAGCUAAUCAGCUUGUACGGACCGGGCACGCUGUCCGACGCCUACCUCAAGGUGUGCCGCCGCCUGGACUUCCCCGACGAGAAGGACCCCUCGCCGCCUCCGCAGCCGGUGCAGCCACUCGAGGUGGAGCUGGCCAGCAUUCCGGACGCCAUGUUGACUUGGAAGAACUGGGCAUCGGUGCGCUCCGUCACCCGUGUUCGGGCACUGGUCGCCAAGAACCUGCUCAAGAUCAUGCGCCGACUCCUCCGCUGGGAUCGCCGCAUACCACCUAUUGCCAUGCUUGCUCCAGAGAAUCCGAGCACGUCCGAUACUACCACUCCAGCACAGCCUUCGCCAUCCGUCGUGGCCAUCAACAACAGCCACCGUGACCCACCAGUCUUCGCUGGUCUGCGGGGAGAUGACGUCGACACCAUCGUGUUCCAGCUCGUGAUGCCAUCAUGCGUCGGCGUGGUCUUCUGUCUUUUCGUGGGCGGCAACCCGACCAACCUGCCCAUGGCGGUGGUCUGCGAUGAACCGCAGGGCAGCUACUCGAAGGCUUUCCUCUCGUUCAUCAACCCGGACAUCAUCGAUCAGAGAGAGUGCAUGGAGGGUCAACUGGAACAUCGGCGCAUGCUGGGGGGUGGCGACUAUGGAGCUGGUGGAUGGCGCUCAGAGCGUUUGUUCAUUGCCGAUGCGCAGAAGGUGUACCCGAACCGCGAGGAGGCGUUCGCUGCCGUGCGGAGAGAGGAUGUUUGGGGCACCAUCCACAUACCCGGCAACUAUACGUUCAUACUUGAGCAGCGGUGA